CGUAGCCCCCGGGCAAUCCUCACCGGUACUCCUUCGACAGCAUCAGGGCCACUCAGGCAAGCAGGCACUCAGCCACUCAGCCACACAGCUAGGCAGUCACUCAGCCACUCAGGCAGGCGCCCACUCUGCCACUUGGCCACGCAGCGCUUCUUCCACGCAGCAACGUUGCGCGCCAAGUUUGGCGACAACGAAGCCAGAGACAUCGGUGAGAAUCGAGAGCAGCAGGACACGUGGCUGUGUAGAGUGACUCGCUGGCCUUGAAGUGUUCCGUGCUCCCUUUCCUCAAUCGCCAUCAUGCCUGUCGGGGACUCCCUUGCCAAGACGGCCGCUACUGAGGCCAAGAGAAUGUGGCCGUUCCUGGUCGGGUUUGGGGUAACGUUCACUCUCUUCCUGAAAGUGUCCACCGGAUUGACGGAUGAGCAAGCGAAGAAAUCACCUUUUGUGAACCCUGAUGCACACUAAGGAGUGGGAGGAGCAGCGGCAAUGGUGCUGUGGGCCUGUGGUCGUUGCCCCAGCCGUUGGCAGUGGCCUCCACAGCGGCCAAGGGGGAUGAAUGUGACUUCAACUGUACUCUCACAUAGCGGUGGCGAUGGCUUUGCUGGCACAGUUAUGCCUCGGUGGCUAUGUAUCUGUCUAUGGCUAUAGUCGAAGCCUAUCCGCUAUAGCUGUAGCCACUCAUAACUAUAGCUAUAGCUAUAGCCACAUAACUAAAGCCUUAGGGACUGACAAUGGCUGCAAAGGAUGACUCUGGCUGUUGCCAAAGCAAUGGAAAUAGACAUAGUGGCAGCUACGGUGGGAGGUAUGGUGGUGGGAGCUACGGCGGGAGCUAUGGUGAUGUGGGCACUUGUGUAGCUUCAGCUAUCGAACUGUUAAUAGAGAGAGAGGUUCAGCAAGGUGGUCGUGAAGAUAGACGACUAUGGGUUGGUAAGGUUAAUACUUAGUGAAGGAGGACCCCUGAAGUAGUGCUGCUUCGUCUCUUGUUCCGCCGCAUUCUCACCCAAACACACAUCCAAGGCAAACCCCUCUUCUUCGUAUGGAUAUAGGCAUACAUGGGUAUGGACUCUAUAGGGGGUUGUUUUGAAAAGUUGUUUCGAAAAAAAAAAAAAAAAAAAAAAAAAGAGUGUAUAGACAGACAAUGUGGCGGUGGCAUUGUGAUCAUUCUGCCAUUCGUAUAGCAAUGGCUAUUGCAGCGGCCAUAGCCAUCGCUUCAUCUGGAGGCAGAGAGUCUGUGCGGAGAGACUGGUCAGUGGGAAGGGAGGUGGAUGGACGAGGUUGUGUCCCAUUUGUAGGAUGGAUGUCGGCAUGUUCCAGAUGAAGGAAAGGCUGAGUGAAGGAAAAGUAGGUUGUGGGGGGGGAAGGAGGGGGGGAAAGGGGGGG